GUAUUGAUAAACCGUAGCAGACGAUCAAAUUUCGUGUACGCACUGGCUCUACGACUAAGAAGGUUUUUAGCGAAAUUAAUCCAGGCCAGGCCAAGUGGCAGGAUGGCUUGGAGAUGCCACGGAAAAUCGAACGAAGAACUCGUCGACAACUUGUACAAAAACCAGGUCGUCACAACAGCCCGAGUGGCCGAUGUCAUGAAACGAGUGGAUCGCGGAGACUUCUGCGUGAAUACCGGAACUUCAUACGAUGAUGCCCCCCAGAGCAUUGGAUAUGCUGUCACAAUUAGCGCACCGCAUAUGCAUGCGUAUGCUUUGGAAGCGCUCGCGGACAAGUUGGUUGAAGGAUCUCGGGCCCUCGAUGUUGGUUCAGGUUCAGGCUACUUGACGACGUGCAUGGCCAUUAUGGUAGGCCCUAGUGGACGGGCCGUUGGCAUCGAUCAUAUACCAGAACUUGUGGAAAUGUCGAUUAGAAAUGUGAAAAAAAACAACAGCAAAUUGUUGGAUUCAUGCCAACUCAAACUGAUCGUUGGCGAUGGCAGAAAGGGCUACGCGGAAGAUGCCCCAUACGACAUCAUACAUGUCGGAGCAGCAGCAGAUACACUUCCAACAGAACUCAUUGAUCAACUAAAACCCGGCGGACGCCUGGUUUGCCCCGUUGGGGGUGAGUAUGACCAUCAGGAGCUUUUGCAGAUCGACAAGAAUGCCGACGGGAGUCUUGUAAAGAGGUCGUUAAUGGGUGUGAGAUACGUCCCUCUAACAGACAAAGAGAAGCAGUGGCCAGGACGAAUCAGUUAGGUGACUGCUAUGACAACUGCUAUCAGUUUUGACAUAAAUUAGGCGACAUGAACCAUAUAAAAAGAUACUGGACAUCUAAAAAAAUAUAUGUUAGCUAUGAUAUGAUUGCUAAAAACAAUAGUGUUUAAUGUUAUAAGAGCGCAUGUUCAAUACAUCGUGUCAUAGUGAUCCUUUGGAAAAUCGCGAUAUAUACAGCCGGGAGAUUAGACCCCUGGAAAUUCGACUGUAUUUGAGUUGGGCGUUUUUCGGUUCAGCUCAGUGCACCUCUCCAAGCUGUGAAAUAUGUUGAAUACGAUGCGUUUAAAGCAAUUAUGCUUGGAAUGCAAGAAAGGUCGAAAUUGGUAAAUUGAGUUCCUAACUUGCGACGUGUCACUACUUUUUCUGGUUGUAGAGACUUGAGCGGUUCUAUCGUUUACUAAAAGAAUGAAUAGCGGUCCAGCUUCAUCUGGUAGUGGUAGUGGCGGUACAUCUUGUCAAUUUUGAUAUGUUAGAUGUUAAUUUCUGUGGAGAAUUUCCAUUAGUAAACAUAUGCAGUGUUGCAGUUAACAAUUUAACCUUAAUUACAUUAGGGAAACAGGAGUAAGUAGGGACAUUUUUUGACCAGUUGAUGCAUACUUGCGACAUGCGAUACAUUUGUAAAAAGAAUCUGUAUACCGUUUUAAAAUGAAUAGAAUUCGCGAAUUUGAAGGGGUAAAAUAUCGACCUUGCUUAAAUUUUAUGUAUUUGUUAGGUGUGCAUUAGUCCUUAAGAAUAAUAAUGAUAGCUACUACUGAAUGACUUUUAUUCGGAGAUACAGAUGACGUUGCAGCCACUUUUUUUUUGUCUUUAAUAUGCGCUGACCAAUACACAUUGGUAAUGCUUUCAAACGUUGCAUCAGGCCUCUUAGAUCUACAAUACAUUUAGUCUUUUGUUCAGAAUUGAUGAACACAGCCACAAUGGUAGGUUAGCUUGUGCUGCGUUCCUUGAUGACGCGUAGAGACCGAUCAUUUCAGUUCGCGCGCUGCUUCGGAAACAACGGAUCCGGGCGAGGCAGAAAACACCGAACGAUUAGCAACACAGUGUCAAGAUGCUGACUUUCUACCGUGUUUAGGCGUUUAGGUAGGCUGCAUUAUUGUGUGUUCAUGAAUCUGGUGUCGUGUAUAGGCUAAUAGAUGUAGAUUAGCAGAUAGACCCUUUGUUUAUCGGACGUAGCCUGUACGUAAUGAUAGUAUGCAAUAUAUGUCGUCGUAGCCUGUACGUAAUGAUAGUGUGCAAUAUAUCUCGUUAAUCUGUCCAAAUCUAUUGGCAGAUGCCGAAGGCAAGUUAACUGGUGAUACCUACGAUGUGCACAUACAUUAUCUUGUACAUUACUAAUUGCACCUAAUAAUCUGAAGCACUGAACACGUAUAUAAAGAUUGUUAAGGUUGCCACUUGAAAAAACGGCAUUAUAAAUUACUAACGUGAAAGAAGUAGGUACAGACGUUAUGUCAGUUAGUCGAUGCAAAAAUGCAGCUUUGAAAGUAAAUAUAAAUAUUAUAGCUAUGUAUUAAAUAAACAAGAUACGAGCGCUGAAACGUUCUUUAGAAGAGAGUUUUCAGUCGAGACUACUGCUCGAAGAAAAUUUGUUCAGUCACUACACGUAAUGACUGAACAAAUGAAGUUACGUGUAACUUCAUUGCAGUAGGCGUAGUUGAAUUUUCCUUAAGCAAUCAGAUAUAAACGAACGCUCUAUUUACCAGUAGACUCUUUUCGAAAAACGUGGUACUGCAGAUUUGACAGUAGUUUUUUUUGGAAAAACUGAAUGGUAAACAUUUCACUUGUUGUUGAAGAAAUGAAUUACGAAAAUCUGUCUAUUUUACUGUAAGGAGUAAUGACGUUUGCAAUUGGCGGAGUUAAUUUUUGAUAUGUGAGUUAUUGCAGCGCAAAUGAGGUAGAGUGCUACACUCUACUUUUAAUAGAUCUGGUGUCUACCUGCUGCCUGCUUAUCUUAAGUUACAUAAGAAAGAAUAAAGUGGAAAUAAAGUCA